UUGAUGUCUGAGAGGACGGUGGCUCGCGCUCCUUACUUCCUGUUUCCAAGCAGAGCCCGGGGCUGAGGGCACCGAAACCGGCCCCGCCAGCGGCCGGGCAGAGCUGCGUUCUCCCCUUCGGGGAGGCGGGAGGCGGGCGCUGGGUGGCCCGGGCGCCGCGGGGAAGAUGAACUGGCUGUUCCCCCUGUCCAAGGGCGGCGGCUCCUCCUCGUCCCCCGCGGCCCCGCUCCCCGCCCUCACCAGCCUCCAGCAGCAGAAGCAGCGGCAGAUCGAGUCCCUGCGCAGCGCCCAUUCCGCCAUUGCCGAAAUACAGAAAGAUGUGGAAUAUCGGUUGCCAUUCACCGUAAACAACCUGACAAUUAAUAUUAACGUCUUGCUUCCUCCUCAGUUUCCUCAAGAAAAACCGGUGAUCAGUGUUUUCCCGCCAAUAAGACAUCACUUAAUGGACAAACAAGGAGUGUAUGUGGCAUGUCCAUUAAUAAGCAAUUUCACAAUGCACUCUGACCUUGGAAAAAUUAUUCAGAGCUUACUGGAUGAGUUUUGGAAGAAUCCUCCAGUUUUGGCUCCUAGCUCAACAUCAUUUCCAUAUCUUUACAGUAAACCAGCUGGAAUGCCUCCUUAUACUCCUCAGGGUUUUCCGUUUCUUCCUCCAUACCCCUCACAAGAAACAAAUAGAUCUAUAGCUUCUGUGCCAGUUGCUGAAUCAGGUUACACUACAGACAAACCCGCUGCUCCAUCCUAUGGCUUGAUCACAGACCUGCCAUUACCUGUUCCAACAACAGAAGCACUAUUACAGGUGGGCCAGAAUGGCUUCACUUACAAGAUGCCUGAUGUUCCUGAUGCAUUUCCAGAGCUCUCAGAAUUAAGUAUACCACAGCUGACAGAUAUGAAUGAGCAAGAGGAUAUUUUGCUGGAACAGUUUGUGAAUCUGCCCCAGCUGAAGCAAAUCAUAAUGGAUAAAGAUGACUUAGUGAAAAGCAUUGAAGAGUUAGCAAAAAAAAAUUUACUGUUGGAACCCAGUCUAGAGGCGAAAAGGCAAACAGUGCUGGAUAAAUAUGAACAGCUUACUCAGAUGAAAGCCACCUUUGAGAAGAAGAUGCAAAGGCAGCAUGAGCUUAGUGAGAGUUGCAGUUCCAGUGCUUUGCAGGCCAGACUAAAAGUAGCUGCUCAUGAAGCCGAAGAGGAGUCUGACACUAUUGCAGAAGAUUUCUUGGAAGGAAAAAUGGAAAUAGAUGACUUUCUUAGUAGCUUCAUGGAAAAGAGAACUAUUUGCCACUGUAGACGAGCCAAAGAGGAGAAACUUCAACAGGCAAUAACAAUGCACAGCCAAUUUCAUGCUCCACUAUAGACUUUCCUGCAAACUAGACCUGCCAAGAGAAGAGUGAACAAACCCAACAAAGCACAUUUUCUAACACCUAUUUGCAAAUAAGCAUUUCAUCAUAAAUGGUUGUAUUUAUAGAACAGAUUGUAUACAGUGCUGGGACUGUUUUGUACAAAUUAGAAUGACUCUUUAUAUUCUCAUUGGAUUCAAGAAAUCCUUCUAUUGCAAUCUUUGCACUAAUAUUUCUUGUAUUUAUUGUUGAUAGUCCUUACCAUAUUUAAGUUCCUGCUGCUAUCCUGCCAUUCUUUAGAGAUUAAAUAUCUAAACAUGUAACUUUGGCUAGCUUUGUACAUUUUAUAAAACAUAAUUCAUACCUUUUUGUAUUUUGAAUUUGAAACAUUUGCUUGGGUUACUUUAUGAAGACUCUUGAGGAUGGUGAACUUUGUGGGGAGGAGAUUGGUAACGCUUUUUAUAAUUGUCAGUGAAAUAUCAGACUUCCCUUCCUUGAUGCCAAAAAUCAACACCAGUUUAUUUUUAUUUCAAAUAAUAGCAAAUUAAAUGUUGCCUGCAUCUUGUUGAAUAAGUAGAAUCAGUUUAAGGAACGGAUGCUUUGGAAAAAUAUUAUACCAGCAGUCUGUAAAUAUACUAUCUAUUAUACUAAGAGUACAAAUGGACUCUUCAUUCUGAAGUGACAAGGCACCCACCACUGUAACUAGCUACAGAGCUUUCAGCCAGACAUCAUCUUUCAUUUUAAGCAAAACCAAAGGAAUUUGUUGUUGCACAACAUAAAAAAAAAUCAGGCCACCUUUUUACAUAGUUUUGGU